UGAAGGGGAGACUAUGCGGUCAUCUGACGGUGGUCUUCUCGACACAAUCAUCGAUGCUGGAAGUGUGAAGGGGAGAUCAUGCGGUCAUCUGACGGUGGUUUUCUCAGCACAUUUUCUGGUGAUUAUCUAUAAUGUUAUUCACACGUUCGUGCGGUCAUCUGACGACGAACGAUGUUGGAAAUUAUCUAUAAUGUUAUCCACUUGUUCGUGCGAUCAUCUGACGACGGACGAUGUUGGAAGUGAAGGGAAGACUAUGCGGUCAUCUGACGGUAGUCUUCUCGCCACAAUCAUCGAUGCUGGAAGUCACAUCUGGAGAUUAUCUAUAAUGUUAUCCACACGUUCGUGCGGUCAUCUGACGACGAACGAUGUUGGAAGUGAAGGGAAGACUAUGCGGUCAUCUGACGGUGGUCUUCUCGACACAAUCAUCGAUGUUGGAAGUGUGAAGGGGAGACUAUGCGGUCAUCUGACGGUAGUCUUCUCGCCACAAUCAUCGAUGCUGGAAGUUGAAGGGGAGACUAUGCGGUCAUCUGACGGUGGUCUUCUCGACACAAUCAUCGAUGCUGGAAGUGUAAAGAGGAGACUAUGCGGUCAUCUGACGGUGGUUUUCUCGGCACAUCUUCUGGAGAUUAUCUAUAAUAUUUUCUACACGUUCGUGCGGUCAUCUGACGACGGAUGA